AUGAACGGAAUCCCAGGAGGACCCCGUCUCUUCGAUGCGAACUCUCUUUUCUCGUCGAACCUCUCGCUGUACAAAGUCGCUCGCGAGUACAUUCCUCAGGAGGUGAGCCCAUGGUCCGACUGCUUUUACUUCGAACUCUUCUCAUUCAGAUUACCCUGGGAGUCCAUGCUAACGAAACGAAAGCGGAACAAAUGAUCUAUCCGGCUGACAAGGGAGAAGCGUUUGUCCAGCGUUUGCUGAAAAGUUCGGAUACACGGCUCAGUUAGUUUUGAAUUCAAAGUUCUUAAAUAACAGAGCGAAUGAAACAUGUUCAGGACAAUACGGAAGUGCGAAGGAACUGAGGGACAACUUGAUCAGUUACUCGAACUUUGUCGACGCCAGAGACCGGUUUGGAAUGACUUACGGAGCGCCGUACUAUGUGAGUUUUCAAUGGCAAGAACCGAAAAACAACAAGUGAACGCUUUGUAGUUGCCUCCGAUCGUCUACAAAAGUGUGAAGAAUGAGGAGUACAUUUGCAAGGCGGAUGCGUUCACGUAUCUUCAGAAAUGGAUCUUUGCGAAUCACAAGCAAAUGGUAGGUACUCAGAAAUGUGGAUAAUGUUCACAGGCACCUUUUUUCAGGAGCAUUUGCACAUCCGUUACACUUUCAUGCUCUACAUGCGUCUGAUGGAAGAGGAAAUCGGUGCUUACGCCGAGUUCGUUCCCAGGAACUGCCGGCAACUCAAGCAACUGGGACCAGACUUUGAGAACGUGGUCUCGGACAUGCAGAAGGUAAACUAAACUGCAGAACACCUAAACACCAACGCAUUCAGGAGAGCCCGCCAAUGUGUAAGCACACAUUGAACGACUACAAAAAUCUGACAUUCGCGAAACUGCUGAAACACUGGAAGACGCUGAUCCCGUUCGAAUGGGACGACGACGAAUUCAUUACUGUCGAGGCGCUGCUCUCUUUUUACUAUGAGAAUUUGCCACGUGCGGACGCGAUGGAACAGACGUUCAUCAGCUAUUGGUAUCUGGUCAAACUGUUCCUUUCCAUCGAACGUUUCAUCGAAUCACGACGUGAAGUCUUCCACCCUUUCACCAAAGAGGUUUCACCCUUAACCUGUAAGAGGUUCUUUACAAAGCUUUACAGAACACUCGAAAAAUGAAACUGACAAUGCGUGUGUUCGAAGACAACGGAUAUCACUUUGCGAUGGUCGAAGAGAUGCUCAAAAUGACGAGUCUGUCGACAGGAAGAGAGCCUUACACGGGCGGCGCAGAACUUUUGCACACCAGAGACGUGGAGCCGCAUUCUCCGUGCAAGCUCUCCAAACGCGGAGUAGAGGUGAGCUAGAUUAUGGAAUCUACAAUGCUAGAAUACAUUUUGCAGAUGCUGAUCGUUCCGAUCAAACGGACGAAGCAUGGCGCCGUUCCGAUUGUGACUCCAAGUGGCGAUCACUGCAUUCUGAUGGCCGACGCAUUCCUUCAAUGCUUGCACGAUGUCAUCAUUACUUGGAAAAUCUUCCAGAAAAUGAAACCGACUGAGUGGCCCGUUGUGAAGAAGGCACUCCAAAGGAUGGAGCUUUAUGAUGGACCAGAAACUGUCAGUUGACUAGACACUCCUUCGUUUCAUAUUAUUGUUUACUUUCAGGCCAGAACUGUUUUCAUGUCACUGGAUCAUGUGAAGCUUAUGAGAGAAGCGGCCCUCGAGGGCUUUGCCGAUCUGAAGGACCGCCCUGCAAAGUACAUAAGAAACGCGAAGAAGGAUGGAUUCACAGUGCAGAACCUGAAGAACGAACUGAAACAUCUGGGACUCGUGGAGAUCUUCCCCGAGAUCGCCGACCACGCGGAAAUCGCCUACGAGAAAGUUCUCAAAGCGAAGAAAGAGGAGCAUCUUCGCACUUGCGAUCUCUUCGACGCAGUCGAGCAUUGUCAGCUCCUGUCCUUCUUCAAACGGUUCCAAGAGGUUCGUACUAUUGCCAUGUUCGAAAUAAUGAGAUCCAGAUUACAGUAUACUAUGCUCCUUCACGCUCAGAAAUCGUGCAAACGAGUGGAGGGCCCUCAAUGUCUGUCGUGCAAGAUCGACUCCAAAAUCGGACAAGUACACUUCGAAAGUAUGGGACUUGGUGUAUCUAUUAUGAGACUCUGA